AUGGUGGAGGAUUCUAGCUUGAAUUCCAACAAAUCUAAGACAAAAACUGCACGCCCAAAAGCUGUAUAUCUAUGGACUGAAACUGACGUACAAAAGUGGCUUAGAAGGCAUUGUUGUGACUAUUACAAUUUAUAUUGGGAAAGAUUUCACGAGCAUGAUAUAACUGGAAGAGCUUUAGUACGCAUCAAUGACAAUACUCUUCUUCGGAUGGGCAUCACAAAUCAAGAGCAUAGAGAAGCUAUAUGGCGGGAGAUUUUAAAAUUAAGACUGAAGACAGACAUUGUGGAAAUUCGUGAUCUGGAAAGAAGACAUAAUUAUUUUAACUAUAAUUUAUAA